AGCCGGGGUCGUGCGGGGGAUUAGCGCGGUGGGCGUGCGUCUGUGGCCGCCAUUGCUCCGUGUUCCCGCAGGAGCCGCCCCCUCCUCAGUCUCGUGCGGCACUGCCCUCUGACCCACUCGCCGCCGCGGCGCCUCUUCGUUCAGUGGCAAAAUGCUGAGGUUCUUCCGCAGAACGCUUGGGCGGCGAUCCAUGCGUAAGCACGCCGAGAGGGAGCGGCUCCGAGAGGCUCAGCGAGCAUCCACGCACAUCCCAGCAGCUGGAGAUUCCAGGUCCAUCAUCACGUGCCGCGUGUCCCUUCUGGACGGGACUGAUGUUAGUGUGGACUUGCCGAAAAAAGCCAAAGGACAAGAACUGUUUGAUCAGAUCAUGUAUCAUCUGGAUAUUAUUGAAAGCGACUAUUUUGGACUGAGGUUCAUGGAUUCUGCACAAGUUGCGCAUUGGCUGGAUGGUACAAAGAGCAUCAAGAAGCAAGUAAAAAUUGGUUCACCCUACUGUCUUCAUCUUCGAGUUAAAUUUUAUUCCUCAGAACCAAAUAAUCUUCGUGAAGAACUAACCCGGUAUUUAUUUGUUCUUCAGUUAAAACAGGAUAUUCUCAGUGGAAAAUUAGAGUGUCCCUUUGACACAGCAGUUCAGCUGGCCGCUUAUAACCUGCAAGCUGAACUUGGUGACUGUGACCUUGCUGAGCAUAGUCCUGAACUUGUGACGGAGUUCAGGUUUGUGCCCAUUCAGACGGAAGAGAUGGAAUUGACUAUUUUUGAGAAAUGGAAGGAAUACAGAGGUCAGACACCAGCACAAGCUGAAACCAAUUAUCUGAAUAAAGCCAAAUGGUUGGAAAUGUAUGGGGUCGACAUGCACGUGGUCAAGGCUAGAGAUGGUAAUGACUACAGCUUGGGACUAACCCCAACAGGAGUUCUUGUUUUUGAAGGAGAGACCAAAAUUGGCUUAUUUUUUUGGCCCAAGAUAACCAGACUGGAUUUUAAGAAGAGUAAGUUGACACUGGUGGUUGUAGAAGAUGAUGACCAGGGCAAAGAGCAGGAACAUACCUUUGUCUUUAGACUGGAUCAUCCCAAAGCAUGUAAACACUUAUGGAAGUGUGCUGUGGAACACCAUGCUUUCUUCCGACUUCGAGGCCCUGUCCAGAAGAAUUCUCACCGAUCAGGAUUUAUUCGGCUGGGAUCUCGAUUUAGAUACAGUGGGAAAACUGAGUAUCAGACCACAAAAACAAACAAAGCAAGAAGGUCAGCGUCUUUUGAAAGAAGGCCCAGCAAGAGAUACUCUCGACGAACCCUGCAAAUGAAAGCAAAUACAGCAAAACCUGAAGAACUCAGUGUUCACAAUAAUGUUUCAAUGCAGAGUGAUAGUUCUCAACAGGCUUGGGGUAUGCGAUCCACUCUGCCUGUGACUCCUUCUGUUCCCCCUGGUCCGGUAUUGGUGGAGAUAGAGAAUCUUCCAAGAAGCCCUGGAACAGAGCAGCAUGACAGGAAAUGCUUAUCUGUGAACAUAGAUUUGCUCACUAGCCCAGAUUUAUUGGAAACAACUGUCGGUGAGACCAAUGGGACUCCUGCCACGAUGGAAGCCUCCCAAGCACCCGUUGAGAUUAAUUUAACUAUGGGGCAGACUGGCCUAGAGGAGUCUGAAGUUCAGUGUGAGGCAUUGAAAGAUGCCCCAGAGAAACUCAUACAUCUUGAGUUGGAAAGCAGCCCUUCGCCAUCCACUCGUUGCAAUAUUGAUGUCAACAUCAACAGCCAGGAGGAAGUGGUGAAGUUGACUGAGAAAUGUCUUAAUAAUGCUAUUGAGAGCCCUGGAUUGAAUGCCAGGAGAGUUCCUCCUGACUUGAAGAGUAACAUCUUGAAAGCUCAAGUAGAAGCAGUGCACAAGAUUACAAGAGAAGAUAGCUUAUUAAGUCAUAAAAAUGCCCGUGUUCAGGAUGCUGCCACAAACAGCGCUGCAUUAAAUGGGAACAGUGUGCCCCUCCCUCAAGACGCUCUCUCUCUGCUGCACACCACAACUGCAGAAGGCAGUUCUGCUCUAAAGGAUGCUACAGAUGAAUUGGAUGCCUUGCUUUUAUCUCUAACUGAGAAUCUAAUUGACCACACAAUCACACCUCACGUACCUUCAACCUCCAUGAUCACACCCCGCUGGAUUGUGCCACAGAGCAGUGUCGUUUCUAAUGGGUUCGCAGGAAGUGGACCGAUCUGGGAGGGGCAGGAGGGCCGUGGCAGUAGAGAAGCAGUCGCACCCAUCGCUCCCCCAGCUCCGUUCUUAGUGGACGCUGUGACCAGCUCUGUCCCAGCGUUGCCUGAAGACGCCAUCUUGAAGAAGAAGUGUUUACUGACAACUGAGCUCUAGGGGAGCUAACGCAUCUCUGACUGCAAAGCCCAGUACCCUUCAGCGGUCCGUGCUGGAGUCCGUCUCUGCCGGCAUGUGUUGAAAUUCAGGAGCUUGCUUGUUCUUCCUUUCUGGGUGAAAAAGCAAAGCAAAGCAAAGCAGACAGACAAAAAGAACCCCACCCAGCUUUGCCUUCAAGUCCAUGAAAAAGCAGCUACAUUUUUCCGUCCAACUGGAAGGGUUUAAUUAAGCUUAGGAUUUGCCCAAAUGAGGGUGUCUGGUCAUGUACUUUCUAUAAUUUCAUCAGAGUGAUAAAUCACCCAAACGAGGAAAUUACUUUCCCAGUGAUUUCCUGCACCCUCUUGGCUCCAUCUAGUGGUUCUAAUUACUCACAGCACUUCCAUAGCUAGGCUGGCUCAGGUCUCUGUUUUGGAUGCUCUUCCUCUCUCCAGUGUCACUAGGGUGAGCCAUCAGGCUCCUGCUACGGGAAUUGCAGUACACUAGCUGGGAAGUAUUUGUUUAAGGAAUUAACGAGAGCGUUAGGCAGAUUAAGGAAUGGCUCUUUGACAAUUAUAACACUAAAGAGAGUUUCGAAUACAAAGACCUUUAAAACAUCUCACAUUUUAAUUUCUACUGGACUGUCUUAAAUACUCAAAAGUUCACAUGAAGGUAAGACCAACCUUGAGCCAGAGUAUACAACAUCAACUACCCAUCUUAUUUCUCGGGUACCCCCCCCCUCCCCCCCGGGAGCACUUACUUACACUACUCAUUCACUCUCUGACUUCUCAGCCAGGAAGAAGAAAGUGAGCUAAAGAUUUUCUGGGACUUUGUGUCUUCUUCAGGCUCUGACUCUGUCCCUGAGCCAGAAGGGGAGUGCAGGUAGUUUCUGGGACUGCCAAUAUCUCCCAGGGCUUAGACUCCCUUUUCCGUUCAUAGACGCUGAUUACAUUUGGAGCUUAGAGACUCUAGGAAAAACUGAAAUAAGACAAAAAUGGAGAAUCUUCCUACAGUGUCUGACACUAUAGACAGCACAUUUCGGGGACGUGUACCUCGCAUUACAUUAGGAACUUUUGUCAGGAUUUUUUUUCCCUUCAGGGUUAUUGCUGGGGCUCAGUGCCUGCACCAUGAAUCCACUGCUCCUGGAAGACAUUUCCCCCCCUUUUGUUGCCCUUGUUGUAGCCUUGUUGUGGUUAUUAUUGUUACUGUUGACAUCACUCAUUGUUGGAUAGGACAGAGAGAAAUGGAGAGAGAUGGGGAAGACGGGAAGAGAAAGACAGACACCUGCAGACCUGCUUCACUGCCUGUGAAGUGACUCUCCUGCAGGUGGGGAGCCGGGGACUCGAACCGGGAUCCUUAAGCUGGUCCUUGUGCUUCGUGCCACAUGCGCUUAACCUGCUGUGCUACCGCCUGACCCCCAGGAAUUUUGUCAGUUUUUAAAACUUCUGCAUACUAUCCCUAUCUCUUUUGGUCUGUGCAAAAAAAAAAAAAAAAAUGUUGUUUAAGGAGCAACUGCAUGUUCAUUAUGGAGAACAGUGUGCCACUAACUGCCUGAACCUCCAACACCCCCAAACAGACUGCAUCAGUUACUGUGGGCGUAAACCAUGUCUGUAAAGUCCCCACUAGAGAGGACUGAGCUAAGGCUUAGAAUUCACUUCUUAGGUGCCUGUGUGGCGCAAUGGAUAGCGCAUUGGACUUCUAGUGACAGAAUUCACUUCUUAGUUUUCUGCUGUCUGUUGGGUGUCUUAUGUGGUCGUUGUGUCGCUCAGCAGAAAAGAGCAGUUUUGCUAUCCUUUUUUGUUUUUUUGUCUUUUUCCCCACCAGAGCACUGCUCACUCUGGCUUAUGAUGGUGUGGGGGAUUGAACCUAGGACUAUGGAGCAAGAGAGUCUCUUUGUAUAACCAGUAUGCUGUCUACCCCCGCCCCCAGUUUUAUUGUCUUUAAAACUGGUUUAGGGGCAGCAAAAAAUCACCGGGCCUGCUUUGCCAUGCCCAUGGCCAAGGUUCAAGCCCAGCCCUCAGUACACUAGCGGAAACUCUGCUCCAUUGUCUUUCUCUGUCUCUUCCUACCUGUCCAGAGUGGUAGAGGCCCGGCAACAGUGACAAGCUCCUUGGUUUCGACUAUCCUGGGCACUCGUCAUGUGCUCAGGACACUGGUGUCUGACUAGAAAGCUCAGGAAUUUUAAUCUUGUACCGUUUCCCAGGGAGCCUUAAAGACUGGAAACCACUUUUACACAAAACAAUUUUGUUGAAGCAAAGAAAGUUGGCACUUCUUGCUGGCUGCUUCCCCACAGCCAUUAUGCUAAGCAUGUGAAUUUUGUUGGAAGAACUCUCGCCAGCUUGAUUGUAAAACAAUUUUUCUCCCUGCUGUAACGUCUAGAACCAGGGCUUUACCCGGGACAUCUUGGGCUGAUGUCAGAUCCUCAGUGUUCUGACAAGCCCAGAUAGACUAGCCUGUGCUUCUCCCUCAGAGCUGCUGAGCCAUUGCAAGCCUGGAAAGCCCCAGCUUCCAUCCAGCUCAGUAGAGAGUGCCACCUCGUUUAUACUUUGUAAAGUUUAGGAAUUCCGGGGUUGAAAAUAUUUAACUUUUGUGUCUGAGUACCUAUAUUCUUGUCAUAAUAUUGAUGGAUAUAGACAGGCACUUCUUUGUAGAUAAAUAUCUGUAAAUAUCUGUCAAGUAUAAGUUUCCUGUCAUAUCUGCUGCUGGUGCCAUCCUCAGAGUUGCUGUAAUACUCAGCCUGGUUUUGUUCAUGCAAAAAGGGAGAGACAGAGCAGGGCAGGGCUGGGGAGCUCUGUGAAUGUGUCCGUAGGGAACGGGAUGCUGUGUCAGUCAGUAGAGGAUGCCAGCAGGGAGAUGAGCGAUGACUGGUUAAGGAGACAGGGAGAGGCGGAUGUGGUGAGUGCACAGGUUGGUGACCUGCAGGGCACGGAGUAGAUUACAAAAGAUUAAACCCCACCUGUGCAUCUGAAUCUGUCGAGAUAAAAUAGCCCUACCUUGCGAGACUGGAAGUCUUUCUGUAUCUCCGUGAGGUUCCCAGGCUACCAUAGUGUAGAGCUUAAAAGAAAGGCUGGCAACAGCUAAGCCAAGAGUAAUGAGAUUUUUUAAAAGAGCAAGAACAAUAGUUGAUUUGAGCGUUCCAGCUAGAUGCUGUUAGCAGGCCUUCACUGGAAGGCAGUUUGGGGCUGAUACGUAGCUGGGACAAUGGGCUGGAUUGGCAACAGAACAGAAGGCCACUUGAGACAUGGGCCCAGCAGCUCUGUGAUGGUCUUCAUUCUAGACCCUGCGCUAGCUCAUUAGAACUUGUGACUAACGGGCGAUGUCAAGCAGCCACUUAGAAAGCAGCAGGCCUUCUUUGUCCUCAGUUCCCACCCCCUUGUUGGUGUGGGGAUGGCCAGGACCUGACUGUCACAGAUGCCACCUUCUGAGGGGUUCUGUGUGCACUGCUGAGGGCACUCGGCCUGGGCUCUGCGGCCGGGCGUUUGCUGCUGACUCGAGGAUGGGGAGAGAACAGUCUCCCACCCGUCCACUUUACCGCCCUUGUGGGAGAAAAGAGAUGUGGCGUGGCAGUUUGAAAUAAGGCCUGCGGGUGUCACUUAGCGGCCCGAGACUUCUCCCGAGCGCGCAGAGUGCUGUGUGAGAGCAGGUUUCAUGGCUUUUCAGCAUCACCUUUGGGACGGCCCUGCUCAUACUGUGCCACCCGUCACCUGACAGGAAAGGCUCCUUGUUUUCAUCCCUGCCUUUCAGAAACAUGGCUGAACAAAGGAGCCAGGAGGGUCUGUCGACUUAGAUAAAUGCAGACCUACCCGUAGCAGUUUUCCUUAAAUUGUUAGGUUGUUUCAGGGGGAAAAAAAAAUGGAAGUAUUUCUAAUAGCCUGUAACUUUUUUUUCCUUUUUGAUUUUUCCCUCCAGGGUUAUCGCUGGGGCUGGGUGCCUGCACUCUGAAUCUACUGCUCCUGGAGACCUUUUUUGUUUGUUUCCAUUUUCUUUAUUGGAUAGGACAGAAAUUGAGAGAGGAGGGGGAGACAGAGAGGGAAAGAGGUAGACACCUGCAGACCUGCCUCACUGCUUGUGAAGCAACUCCCCUGCAGUUGGACAGCCAGGGGCUCGAACUGGGAUACUUGCACAGGUCCUUGUGCUUUGUACUGUGUACACUUAACCCAGUGUGCCACCGCCCGGCACUCCCUUCAUCUGCUCUGAUACAAUCAUAGAUGUCCUGUGGCUAAGUCAGGAUGAGAUUCCUGGUCUCUCAACUUGCAUUUGGACUGCUUGUUCUUGGGUGUCUCACGAGAGGAUGAAGUCUCGGGUCAUCCCAGAGACCUUGUUAGGGCAGAACUACCCGGCAGUAACUCACAUGGAGAAAAAGUUGUCCUUUUUCUAAGGCCCUCAAGGGGGAAUUUUAUUUUUAGAUGCCUUUACAGUUUUCAUUUAGAGAUCUACAAGCUUUUCUCGAGAGCCGAGAUCCUCUGCUGCUCAGGUCAGCUGUUACACACGAGCCGCAGAGCCGGUCAACAGCCAGGUGUGGCUGGCUGACAGACGGGCUGCUUGGGUUUCAGGCUUUGCAGGGAAAGGAGCGGGACUCUCUGCCCACCGUCCCGGACACCACAUUCACACCCACUCUGAGGAGCUUUGUGAGGUCUCAACAGUCUGAUUUGCCCUCCACCACUUUGUUGGAACACCAUGUUUUUUUUUUAAUGACCAGAAGGACAUUGGCAGCUCUCACUACCUAUCUGUCCACAGGAUGAAGAGCUUGGAGUGUAGCUAACUCCCCUGAUCCCUGGCUGCUGUGCUCGCGUGUUGAUAGAGCUGUGGUUAUUCCCCAGUUCUGAGAGAGGAUGUUUAAGUUCUCUUCCCACAUCACUCGAGACAAUAACUCCGUUCCUUCUCAGGAUGUCUCUACCAGAGACUUUAGCACCAACCUCUUGCUCUUUUUUUAUCUUCCCGUCAGGAUGUUAUAGACAAUUAAAAGGACCUCACUAACGACUUUGUGUUUACUUUUUAUAAGUGUAAAAGCUUUGCGGUAGCUUUGAAAUGUAAUUUAUUUUUAUAUUAAGUGCACUGUUGAGUUUGUCCCACGAUUUUAUAUGACUUAUAUUAGAAGCACUGCACUGGACUAAGAGUUGAUUGUAACUGAAUUGACCACUGUAGAUGUGACUAGCAAUAAAGCUUUUGUGAAGCGUU